AUGUCGGGGCAUCGUUUCCGUAUCGAGAGUACGAUGGGAGUAGGUGGAGGCAAUAUAAUCUCUGCAGAGUCUCAAAGGAAUCUUGAGAUUGCAGAGACCCUCUGCAACAGACGCAAGCCCGAGCAGGCGCUGCAAUACCUCUUCAGGGCGAUGGAAGACGAAAACACCCUGGACACAUUCAUCCAGUUUGCGUUCCUCCACCACCUCCCAGAGGCUGUCAAGGUCCUCGAAGACGCUAAACGAAAAGGUCGUGCAAGCCUGAAACGCUGCCUCGGAAAUGACUGCUUCGACGAUGACAGCGAGUAUGUCGGUCACUUUUAUGAGGUGCUUACGACGCGGCCGUAUAUGCGCGUACUGCAAGCUCAAGUCCGGCUCUACUUUGAGAACGGGCAGUACGCAGAAUCAGCAAAGACAAUCACCGAGAUGCUGCGUCUCUGCCCAGGUGAUAACUUGGGCCAGCGCGCCUGGCUUGGCUCCAUGCUGCUGCUUACCAAGCACUACUCCGAUGCACUGUCUUUCUGCCAGAGGUGGCCCGACCAUGACAGACUGACUGUCAUCCCGCGUGGGGGAGCAGCAUUCAAAACCCCUUCAUCCACGUGCUACGAUGUAGAGGUGGAGAACAAAAUCUUGAGAUGUGGGAACGGGGCGAUGGCAUAUAAUGCGGCUGUUGCAGCGUUCAGGGUAUUUGGCGAUGGCGAGUUCGCAAGACAGUACCUCCGGAUUGCGGCCAAGAUUAACCCGAUCAUACUCACCAAGAUCCUUGCAAAAGAAGGCUUUGACAACCUACCCGGGACACAUAACGGACCGGAGGAUGCACGGGAUUACUUGUUCGUGACGCAAGAUGUGUGGAUUAAGGACGACGCAUGGGAGUGGGCCAACGCCUCACAGGAAGCGGAGAGCAACGUAAUCAAGGUGUGCGGCAACAGCGCCUGUGGGGCCGUGGAGACCCAGGUUGCGCAGUUUAAGCGGUGCGCUGCAUGCAAGAAGGUCGUGUAUUGUAGCCAACCUUGCCAACGGAGUGACUGGUCGAAGCACAAACCACGAUGCCAGCAACACCAGGAAAUGAAAAACACGAUCCGUGCAAUCUAUAAUGGACGCACUCUUCCAGCUGGUGCUGUCCCGACAUAUUCUGCAGACUUCGUCGGUGGUGGGGUGGCUGUAACAGAGCAUGUUGGGUUCGGCGAUGAUUGA